ACGCAUCGCCAUCAUGGCGGAUAAGGAAGCUGCCUUUGAUGAUGCAGUGGAGGAACGAGUGAUCAAUGAAGAAUAUAAAAUAUGGAAAAAGAAUACUCCCUUUCUUUAUGACCUUGUAAUGACACAUGCCUUAGAAUGGCCCAGCUUGACUGCUCAGUGGCUUCCUGAUGUAACCAGACCUGAAGGCAAAGAUUUCAGUAUUCACCGGCUAGUUCUUGGGACCCAUACGUCUGAUGAGCAAAAUCACCUUGUGAUAGCCAGUGUCCAGCUCCCCAAUGACGAUGCCCAGUUUGAUGCCUCACAUUAUGAUAGUGAAAAAGGAGAAUUUGGCGGCUUUGGAUCUGUUAGUGGAAAAAUUGAAAUUGAAAUAAAAAUCAACCAUGAAGGAGAAGUGAAUAGAGCCCGCUACAUGCCUCAGAAUCCUUGCAUUAUUGCCACAAAAACUCCAUCCAGUGAUGUUCUUGUAUUUGAUUAUACGAAACAUCCAUCUAAACCAGAUCCUUCUGGGGAGUGCAAUCCAGAUCUGCGUCUUCGGGGGCAUCAAAAAGAAGGUUAUGGUCUGUCUUGGAAUCCAAAUCUUAGUGGACAUUUGCUAAGUGCAUCUGACGAUCAUACUAUUUGCUUGUGGGACAUAAGUGCUGUUCCAAAGGAAGGGAAAGUGGUGGAUGCUAAAACUAUCUUCACUGGUCAUACAGCUGUGGUGGAGGAUGUUUCCUGGCAUUUGCUCCACGAAUCUCUUUUUGGAUCUGUUGCUGAUGAUCAGAAACUCAUGAUCUGGGACACCCGUUCAAACAACACUUCCAAACCAAGCCAUUCAGUGGAUGCUCACACUGCUGAAGUGAACUGCCUGUCUUUCAAUCCUUACAGCGAGUUCAUUCUGGCUACAGGAUCAGCCGAUAAGACUGUUGCAUUGUGGGAUCUGAGAAACUUGAAACUAAAGCUGCAUUCCUUUGAGUCACAUAAAGAUGAAAUAUUUCAGGUUCAGUGGUCACCACAUAAUGAAACCAUUUUGGCCUCCAGUGGUACUGAUCGCCGACUGAAUGUCUGGGAUUUGAGUAAAAUCGGAGAAGAGCAAUCUCCCGAGGAUGCAGAAGAUGGUCCACCUGAAUUGCUGUUCAUUCAUGGGGGUCACACUGCAAAGAUAUCUGACUUCUCCUGGAAUCCCAAUGAACCCUGGGUAAUUUGUUCUGUAUCAGAAGACAAUAUAAUGCAAGUGUGGCAGAUGGUAAGUAUUUGAUUAUUUUAAGGCUAAGCCAAAAUGCAGAUUUUAAAUGACUGUUCCAUUAUUUUUGUUAGUUUGUAAUCUUUAGUCAUUCCUUGCUUGAACAAUGUUGACUCCAGAAGUAGUGAUAUUGUGGCAAUGUCUCUAUAUACAAGAUGUGACAUUCUAGGGUGUGCUUAUUGAAAGUUGCCUUAUGCUAAUGAAAGGAAUUUAUCACCUUACAAAGUAUUUGAGGAAAGAGUAAUAGGAUCCUUACGAUAAAACACGUAAACAAUAUUGCAUAUUGAAACUGCUUAAACAUUAACCUGUCAGUGACGCAGUUAAGAAUU